GUACUGCUGUGCCUGAGCAUUGAGCAAGUAAUCUGCUGUGCUUAUAUUUUUUUGUAAAAUGGUCUUGAUCCGAAAUCGAAAUGAGAUUCAGGGAUAAAAAUAUUACCCGGAUAAUUUAUAUGUUUAGUUCUAGCUUUAUUUGAGUUAUUGUGGAUUCGUCUAAAUUCUGCCUUCCUGCCCCAGAUAAUUCUUUGUUGAUUUGGAUCAUUGCUAAAUAAAACGGAAGAUCAGGGUUCCCAUCAAGAAGAACAGAUUAUGACUUAGGAUAUGUAAUAAAAAUGGAAGCCGUUAGUAAAGACAGAUAUGAAUAUCAGCCAAGAGAAAACAUAGCUGGCAGUAGUGCCGAUAGUGAUGCUUCUAGUAGUAUUUUUGAAAGCAAUGACAGCAGUGAAGAUUUAUAUAAAACGUCUGACGAUGAAGAUCUCAAAGAAGACUUACAAAAAACAAUGCCAGAGUGCUACAGAUCUGAUCCUAACUUUUCAUCACAAACCACCAGUGACAUCAACGAUGAAGAGUUUCAGGCCACAGCUCUUUGUCAGUUUAUGGAUAUUUUAAAUGAUCUAGAUGCAGUUUUAGAUAAGUCUUUAUUGGCAUGUCUUGAUGAUGGUACAAAAAAAUUUGAUAGCGAUGAAGAAGAUCUAAUAUGUAAGAUCAAAGAAUGUUUUGAUACCCCUGCAGAGCAGUAUGAUAAUUCUGAAGCACAGAGUUCAUUAGAUGACAAUACGGAAGUUGUAAUAGCUCGCAAUAUUCAAAUUUCAUCUGCACCACUAUUAGAAGAUUUAGAAAUUCAUCAAGGUGAUGAGAGAAAAAAUCUGUCAAAUCUUAUACGUUCAAAAAGUUUUUCUGACUUAUCAGAGAGUAAUAGACAAGCACUAGUGACAUCUUUGGAAAGAGCAAACACAAUCCACGAUAACUUGCGUAAUUCUAUGAGACAUUUGAAUCCAAUAGUAUUGCCCGCACCAUCAACUCAGGAAACAUGUGAACCUUUGACUCUGCCAGUAAUUUUAUUUUUGGAACACCAUGUUAAUAUGAGGCCAACUAGUGCACCCAUACAACUACAGGUUACAGCUGCUAAUUUGAGUACUGAUGGCAGUUCCGGGCCCUUAAUAGUGGGUCGCCGUGCAUUGCUUAUGAAUAGAACAUUAUCUUUGCCAUCUCCAAAUGAUAGUGAUGUGACAACAGGUGAUUGGACUGGUAGGAACACAGCCAGGAGUACCUCAUCUACAUCUAGUUCAUCAGUUGAUUCAAUACCUGUAGCUCAAUCAAAUCAUAUUGCUUCUGGAGUUACUGAAGAGAGAAAUAAUGAGACUGAUGGGCCACCUUUUGGUAUGUGGCCUCACAGAAUGAGUGCAAUGUUGGCAUGCCUCAGCUGCACUGUGGGGAUAUUUAACAUUUCAAGGUUUGCAAUACUAAGUGUACAUUUUGGAGCAAGUUUUAUUAUACAGUUUUUUGUGCUGUCCUUUAUCAUUGGAAUCCCAUUAUUUACUCUGUAUAUGUGUUUGGGGCAAGUAUUGGAAGCAGGUCCAGUGGAUAUGUGGAGAAUAUCACCAAUAUUCCAGGGCGUUGGGGUGUCGUUGCUUGUCACACAGGCCGUCAUUGGUGUAUACAGUAUAAUAGGUUUAUCGUGGAUUUUAGUAUACUUUAGAGACUCUUUUAUAACGUCUGUUGAUAAGUACAAAUGGGCCGUGCCACAGGAAUUCAACUUUGAGGUUUCAGAUGCAAGUGUAAAGAAUGAAACAUAUAAAAUACAGGAGUCACUACCUCAAUAUUUUCAAAAUGAGGUACUGCAAAUAAAUACAGGGUCUGAUGGUUCUUCCUUUGGCUCAAUAAAAUUUCAAGUGGCGUUUAAUCUCGCCGUCGUUUGGAUGAUUGUAUUUGUUUCGCUUAGUAAAGGUUUGCGGUCAUAUGGCAAGGCCAUUUACAUGCUAAUAUUUCUGCCUAUAUGCGGAACACUCGUUCUGUGUACCAAACUACUAACUCUGAUACCUUCUGAUACAGUCACCAACAUAUUUUCUGAAACAGAGUGGAGUGAGUUCUUCAUCAAUAGUAAUAGUUGGGCAGCGGCCGGGCAAGAGAUAUUCCUUACAUGGGGGCUAUUAGGGGCAUGUAUAAUGCAGCUAACAUCGCACAAAAAUGCUAAAGGCAAAAGUCGUACAAUGUUACAAAAAGAGAGUGCAUGCAUAGUGGUUUUCACGUUUGCCAUUUUACUCCUUGGAGGGUUCCUCGCAAACACAUGUGUACAAAUAUUGAAGAAUUGCGGCUAUGUUUACACACCAGGUAGCUAUGAAACGAUUAAAUCAUCACAGUUUCUUUGGCCCACAAAAGAUCCGAUGCCAGGAAACUUGGUAUCGACCCCCGUGCGAUACAUGACCCACUAUAGUAGCUUGGUUGGCGUGACCGUAACGAAGAAUGGCAACAGCGUUCGAACGCUCAGCGGCUGGCAACCCCUGCAGUUGGCAACGCAGCUCGUACCGGCAACCCUGGCGGUGUUGCCACCUAAUAUGUUGUCACCGGCGUGGGCAGUGAUAUUCUACUUCAUCUUGAUAAUGUUCGGGCUGGCGCAGCAGCUAGCGGUGUGGCAUUGUGUCAUUACGGGGGUCAUGGCGAUAAAUGCGGAGGCCCUGAGAGUGUGGGAAACCACUAUCACAUUCUUCAGCUGCGUCAUAGGACUGGCUUUAGGAUUGGUGCUCAGUACUGAUGGGGGCGUUAGGAUAGUUCACUUCGUCGACUACGUAUGGGUAGGCUCGUGGUGGCAUUGCGUGGUCCACGUCGCGUUGUUAUGCGGCGUGUUCGUGGUCCGCGGGCGGCCGUACUCGCCCGACGCGGUGGUGGGCGCGCUGUGCCCCGCGCGCGGACGAUGCGCCGGCGCUGUGCCCGCGCUGCUCAGCUACACGUGGACCGUCACCCUGCCGGUGUUGUUGUGCACUAUCUGCGUUAUAGACUUUCGUGUUGGGCAGCAGCGACAAUUAUACAGCUGGAGAAAGCAAAUUGGAUAUUGGCCUGUUUGGGCACGUCAAGUGGCAGUGUUUAUGCAACAGGGGGCGCUGCUGCUAAUGCCCGUCGUAGCUUUCAUACAAACUUGGCGAUAUAUGAACAAGGGACCCAAUGAUAUUUUAGAGCGUGUCCAAAAUCUAUAUCGUCCCCGGAUGGGGCUCGAAAGCGAGGCCGCUCCGCCUUCUGUUCAGCCCGCUGCGACUCGAGCGCCGGCCGAUCCCCCGCCCAAAUACACGCCCCCGCCUUCUUAUUCCACCGCCACUGGGGCUAGAUUACUGAACACCAUACGACGCAGCUAUCGGACACUGAGGAGGAUAACCUCAUCUGCUCGUGCUCAACCACAAACACAAACUGAGGACACAUCACAAAUACCCAUCACACUGAGCGAGUCAGUAGACAGACACGUUGCUAUAGAAACGCAACCGCCCGAAUACAGCGGCGUAUUCUCAACACCGUCCAUAACUGUCACGGACGAAACUGCAUCUAGGACUAGUCGAGCCAGGUCAUCUAAUUCACGGAAUUCCCUAUCAUUGACUCGGGACUAUCUUAGAAGGUCUUUUGUUAGGAAAAGCGACUCGGCAAAGAAUAUACGCUCCAGUUUGCGCAGGAGUUUCAAGUACGGCGCCGGUAUUACGACUAGUCACGAACAUUUGGUGCGAGAAGCGGAACCCAUGUCUAAUACUGUAGCCAUGUCGGAUAUGUUGGAUGUAGAGGAUAAUCGCAAUGCUCGCAGCCUCGCCUCUGUGAUAUGAACCGCCUUUGAGGCAUCAUGGGGUCUAAAAUACAGACAUCGGAUAAACGAAAAUUAAUUUCAUUUAUGAAUUCUUCAAUAAGACAAUAAUAGCGUUUCAUCGGAGUAGAAAUUUUACGCGUUCUAAUACAAAUAGCUCAAAUUUGGACUUUUCAUUUCCUAUUAGGUUUAUUUGAUAUUUCAAUAAUUAUCUGGUCAAUAUUAAGAUUUUUAAAGAAUUAAAACACCAUGCCCAAUGUGUAAAACAUGGAGUCUCGCUAUUUUAGAACCCUUCUUAUUUUCUUUUUUACAUUACUAGAUUUUAGUUUUAAGUACAAACAGCACAGGUCAAGUUAUACGAAUUUUGAGCCGACUUUGAGCUUUAACGUCCUUGAAUUAAAUAAUCACAAUUUAAUGAGCUAAUUUUAGACUUUGUAGUAACUUGAUGUGUUGUUGAAUUUACAUUCUAGUUUUUUUUAUGAAGUUAUCUAUAUUUUUAAUUAUUUUCUUUUUCAAAAUUAGCUGAUGUAUCAAAAUUUUAAGACAUAUAUAUAUGUGUUAGUGUUUAGGCCAUGAUUAUCUGCACUUUUAUUGAAGUUGUUUUAAUCACUUUACCGUGUAAGUACUUAAUAAUUCGAAGGACAAUAGUCGCAUACAUAUGAAUCUCAACCACUAUU